ACAAGCAACCGAAUCGUAUCAGUUGUGAUUUGACUCUAGCAGUGAGUGGAAGUGAAUAUUUCAACAUUUUCUUUUGCAUACAAAAAUGACGAAGUUUUCUAUAUAAACACACAUCCAUGUACAUAACUAAUAACUCAUUAAUUAACCAAAGAAAUCAAUUAGAACAAUAAAUGCAGUGCUCAAUGCACCCAAAUAAGUAUAACGCGCAAAAUUAUACAAUAACGUGAGGAAUAUUAAGUACAACAGCGAUAACUAAGGCAGAAGUGUUAUUUAUCAAACGCAACAAAGCAAACAAGAAAUACCUAGCUUCGGUGUGGCAAAGGAUGCGCCACCUUUGACUAAGAUUUACUGCCGCCUCUACUGUCGCGUCAUUAUAUAUCGACACGACGGCACAUAAAUCAUUUCACUUAGUUGCGACAACUCGUGCCGUGAGCAUCACGAACGUACCGAACGAAACAUCCAAGCAACAAGCCAUUGAAAUACGCGCAACUUUUUUGAACAAAAAAUCUUAGUAGUUUAAAUUGGAACCUAAGACGAAAUACCUCAAAUUUUCACUAACAAAACGAGUUUAUUAAUAAAUUGGAAACUAAGAAACUACCUCAUCUAUGUAAAUUUUUUGUGCAAUUUUUUUGGAAACCCGGAAAAGAAAUGAAAAACUACAAAACAUAGUAUAAUAAUUUAAGUGUAAAACUACCUCAAAGUACAAAAAGUGAUCAUCAAGCAACCUUAAAUUCCAUAACAAGAAUAAAACAAAAAUUGGGCACAAAGACUUUAAAACAAUACAUUUUUAAGAUUUUAAAUUUAUAUCAACCAAAAGUUUCACAGAGUUUAAGUGGCUUAGCAUAAAUUAUUUUGUAACAAAUAACCAGAAACGACCUCGGGACUUUACAGAAGUGGACCUACUGGCUUAGUAGGACCCACUAAAAUUACAUUGAAAGGAGAAAAAAGAUGGCAAUUUCGCUUCUGCAGGACGCCCAGACGCGAAGUUUAGCCGCAGCUCUAGCUGGUAUAAAGCGCGACGAAAUAGAUACACAUAAUGUCCUCUCCAUGUCACCACCAAUGUCUGCGAAUACAUCCGCUAACAGUCUCUAUCCCGGUUUACAGCACACUGCUGCCGCCAGCGCCUUCGGCAUGCUGUCACCUUCACAAUUACUUGCCGCAAAUCGUCAGGCAGCUGCUGCACUUAUGGCCUCCCAGCUAUUCCCCCAACAUCCAUCAAUUUUUGGUCAAAUGUGGCCUAGUGCAAUUCCUCAUAUUCCAUUGAAUACUGGACCACAUUCGCCACCAGCGAGCCCACAUUCGCCAACAACGACUCCCUCCAAUAGCAAUAAGCAGUGCCACAGUACCAUCUCGCCAACUGGCUCUGGGCAUAGUGAUCUCCCUGCCAAAAAACCUCGCAAAAUUACCGUCAAGAAAGAUUUGAUUUCACCGCCAAUGGUAAUGUCGAUGAACGUCAACGACUUAUAUAGUCCAGCUGGCCCCAUCUCGCCGCCAUCAUCCGGCUCCUCACCAAAUUCGGCACAUGACGGCCCCAGCCGUAUCGAUGCUGCCAUGUCUGCAUCGGCAACAAAAGAUCCUUCUCGAGAUAAGAGUUUCACGUGCAAAAUAUGUUCACGCUCUUUUGGCUACAAACAUGUGUUACAGAACCACGAGCGCACGCACACUGGGGAAAAGCCUUUUGAGUGCCCUGAAUGUCACAAGCGAUUCACACGUGACCACCACCUGAAAACUCAUAUGCGCUUGCAUACCGGUGAGAAACCCUAUCAUUGUUCACACUGCGACCGCCAAUUUGUUCAAGUGGCAAACCUCCGCCGUCAUCUGCGAGUCCACACUGGUGAACGACCGUAUGUCUGUGAAAUCUGUGACGGCAAAUUUAGUGACUCCAACCAGCUGAAAUCGCACAUGUUAAUGCACAAUGGCGAGAAGCCAUUUGAAUGCCCUGAAUGCCAUAUAAAAUUCCGGCGACGGCAUCACCUACUAAAUCAUAAAUGUGGACAGAACACCAUUUCUGGUCUUCAUUCUCCGCCAACCUCUCCUGAUGCAGCAUUCAGCCCCAGUGGUAUUCGUGGAGAUUACGCGUUAUGUGAUCAGAAAUCUGCAUUGGGCUCUAGCUAUGGUUCGGAGGAGUCCAUUGAUAUCAGCCAACCAAUUAAUACCUCAGUCUCGACCUUUGAACUCUCGGAGCAUCAUCACAACAGUCAACUCCAUUCCACCAUGUCGUGCGUCGAUGCUUCAUUAAGUAUCGCUGAAGCCUCUCCCGAUGAUGACGAUGAGGAAGACAUACCACUUGAUCUCUCUGAAAGCGAUAUAAGUAUUGACGCUGGACGGAACAGCACUAAGAGAGCGCACAACUUUCGCCGUGCUUUCCAGCCAAUACAAGUCUUGCCGAUGCAUAGCGAAAUCCCCGAACAAACUGAACCGGAAGAUCUAAGCAUGCAUCGAAGCAACGCCACCGCUGCUAUAGCCACUGCAUUUAACGCUGCCCACUCCCAAGAGUCAAUGAUUAUGUUGCACGAUAAUCUCGAUUUCGAUGAAUUGGAAGGAGUGGCGACGAUUUACAUGCGCCAGCAACAACAUCUUUUGUCGGCGUCGAGGCACUCCACACAUAUAGAAUAGGAAGAGGAGUUGGCGAAGCAAUAUUCAGAAGAUUCAAAGCGCCAAGGAGCCAAGUCAUCACUUUCAAUAAGGCAGAUGGCGAACCGAAAUCUUCUGCUGCUGCUGCCGACAUUCUUACGGUCAUUACUGGUCACAAUUAGCAAAAAAGGUGACGAACAUGCCAAGAUACUGCACAGUUGAAAAAGUGAGGGAAACUUCUAGAGUUAACUUUGCGCAGACUAAAAAAUAUCACUAUAAAGUACUACUCAAUGUUAUGCUCAUCAAUUACCUCAAUACUGCAUCUACAACGAGAAGAGUUGUAGUACACGAGUCGAGAAUUGAAACCACUGUAAUACGAAUUUUAAAGUAAAGAAAAUAUAUCCCUCAGUAGUAUUGGUAUAACGUAUAUAAACCUAACUAGAUAGUUAAUAUAGACUAUUUUUGUAAGAACAGGAAAUUAUGAAAUCGUAAAUAUGUUUUGUAAAUUGUUAAUAUAAAUUCAUAGAAACAAAAAUGAUAAUCCAAAACUAAAAAUCUAGAAAAUCAGGGACGCGGGGAUUCAGUGCGGAUUCGGAAAUUUAUGUAUAUUUCUCAGUGCCAUUUUUUUUUAAUUUCCAUUCUUGUCUGAAUGUGAAGUUAAUUUACCUUCAAAUAAAUUAUUUUAAGAGCUUUUUAGUUUUUAUGAGAAUUAGCUUUGAAAAUAGAGCAAAAAACAAUUUUUGUAUAUACAUAUAUAUUUACUUGAAUACAUACAAAUACAUCUCGAAUAAUAAUUUUGACUUAUUUAUUACACUUAAUUUAUUAUUUUUUGCACUGAUCGAAAACAUUUUAAACGAAAUUAUUAGUUUGUAAGCAUUAAAGCUAAAUCAAUAACUCAGCAAAGAAAAUCAAAAUGGACUUUAAGUUACAUCAAAAUAAAUUGUAUUUAUAAGACAUUGUUUUAUUUAAAGCUAAUUGUUUAUAUUUGCAGCGUUUUUAAGUUUUCAAGAAGCAUUUACAUUUAAGCUCUUUAGUUUUUUAUUAAAAUUUGAAAGUGUGCGUUUGGUGUUGUUACGCUAAUAAAAAUAAAUACGAAAUGCUUGAAAAUUCAUACUGAAAAGUAGCAAGCAAUGUUUUUUUA